CUAACGCCUGGAACUAGGACUGCGGCGGCGGCAGUAGCGGCGCGCGCAGAGCGGCCUGGCGGGGCGUAGAGGCCCGGCCGGCGCGUGGCCGCAGCCGGGCAGCCUGAGGUCGAGCCUCGCGUGCAGGCUCUGACCCGGCUAGACAGUGAGCGGCCCGUGGCCGGAGCGGUGGGGUCUCUCCCAGCCGGCCGACUGCAGUGCCCUCGAUGCGGGCGGGGACCUUGCGGAGCAGACUGGAGGCUGGGCCGGGCCCCGGGCCUUGGGCUGGCUAGGAGCCCACCUGGCCGCCUAGCCCACACGGGUGGGUGCGGCAGGCGCGACGAUGGAUGCCUUCGAAGAAGAGAGCUUCGCGCUGUCCUUUUCCUCUGCCUCUGAUGCCGAAUUUGAUGCUGUGGUUGGAUAUUUAGAAGACAUCAUUAUGGAUGACGAGUUCCAGUUGUUACAGAGAAAUUUCAUGGACAAGUAUUACCAGGAAUUUGAAGACACGGAAGAGAAUAAACUCACCUAUACACCUAUUUUUAAUGAAUAUAUUUCUCUGGUAGAAAAGUACAUUGAAGAACAGCUGCUAGAACGGAUCCCUGGAUUUAACAUGGCAGCUUUCACAACAACCUUACAGCACCAUAAAGAUGAAGUGGCCGGUGACAUAUUUGACAUGCUGCUCACAUUUACGGAUUUUCUGGCUUUUAAAGAAAUGUUCCUGGACUAUAGAGCAGAAAAAGAAGGCCGGGGACUGGACUUAAGCAGUGGUUUAGUGGUGACUUCAUUGUGCAAAUCAUCUUCUGUGCCAACUUCCCAGAACAAUCUGCGGCAUUAGGUCCUACGUCCCGCCAAUGAAUGGAAUCAUUCUGGAUGUCACCAGCCCAAGAGGCCAAUAGGCUCAACUAAUGAUAACAGAAUGCAUCUGGGAAAAGACUGACUCCAUCCUACAUUCAUGUUAAGUAUUGAUGGGUCAAAAACAAAAUGACCUAACCCUCCAGGACCUAGUUCUCCUGUAACAACUCCUAUUCAUUAAACUUAGUACUCCCUCUCUUCUUCCCUUCCCUCAGUAAGAUCCUUCACUCAGGUGCUUCUGAGCCAGUCUCCACUUGGGGGCCCCUUACCCAACAUACAUGUUUUUGUGUCAACAGUAUGGAAUAACCCCCCCCCACCCCCGCCCCGAACCCUAUUUAUCCCAGCAGGCUUUGCAUGAAUUUUUUUGUGCACUCACAGUUCUUUUUCACAUGGGUCAGAGUUUCAGAAUCAAUGGAGUUUUUGAGUAUUUAGGGUGUUACUCAAGCUAGUUGCCCAUUUGAGAUUUCUGAAUCUCCUUUGAUCAUAGCUUAUCCUGGCUGUAAGAAUUAGCUAAGAGAUGUCCUUUACCUAAAAGCUACCUGUGAAAAUCAACUCCCUAGUCUUAAUAUUUACAGUCCUUGCAUCACUGUCUUCUGCUGGUCCUGAUGUAGUCCCACUGUUUCUAGAAGUCUCUUUUAAGCAUUAUUUUUGAAAAAAUAUUUUUAUAGAUGAAAUACUCAGGCUAACCUAGUGGACAUGAUCUUGGAACUUCCAUGAUUACCCACUUAAAAGAUCAAAGUAUUAUAUGCUGUGUGCUUUGUUGCUUGUGCUAUGUAGGCAAAAGUGCUUUCUAUGUUGGCAUUCUUUCUCAUUUCACUGGGCACUGAUGAAUGUAUGCUGUGUGCUAGAAAUUGACUAAAAGGUAUCUUGUUUUAUAGCAUGUUAAAUGUGUUUGUGCAUGUUAGCUGAAAAUCCUUCUGUAUAAACCAGUUUGUUAGGUUUUCUGUUAGCUGGGUAGAGACUCAAAUUUCUUUCUGUCCAAAUCUCUCCUGCCAAGCUGGUGUUCUACUGGUCCAGUUCAGCAUGUGUAGGGGGUGGUUAAAUAGCUUUGCUGGUCCUCUGUUUGCUCUGGUUUAACACAAUGCUUGCUAGAAUAUUACUUAUCAGAAAACGUGUGUCACAUCUCUAGAAAGAGGAAAAAAACAUUGUAAUUCAAUUCCAGUGAGUACCUUGAUUUUUUUUUUUUUUAAGUAAAAAUAAGAGUCUGUAUUCUGGUUUUAAAGGAUGCGCUAUGUAAGCUAUGUGUUUUUCUGCACUGAUGUGUUGCUUAUUAAAUACUUUUGUACCAUGAGUAAAAUUGAAGUGUU